AUGGUCCCGACGCCGAAUGGUCCUGUAGUUGAGAGUGUACCAGAGGUUUCGCAUGAUACCCAUGAGACGGGGAAUUUACAGAAGGAGGCUGAGGAAGUUGGCUUCCUUGUUACCGGAGGGUCAGACUUGUACUCGGGCAGCAAAUAUGUCGGAAGUGCUGCUGGCUCGACGUUUGCUAGGAUCUUCUUCAAACAACUCAGUAUAAUCCCGACUUGGGACACCGACUCACAGUCAACUGGCCUCGAACAAUCAUCAUGUGAAGCAACAACUGCGUUACCACCACAACCAAUAGCCCGAUCUCUUCUCAACAUCUACAUCGCCCGGGUUCACGUUUGGUGGCCCUUUCUCCAACCGCCACACCUACGACGGAUUUUCCAACGCAUAUAUGAACAGCCAAGACAAUGCACCGAUCAUGAGAAGUUCACAAUUUUCGCCAUCCUUGCUCUGGGGAGUAGUCAAUUAACGUCAAAGGACAGCCAAACUCCAGCUGCAAUGGAUCUGAAUGACUCAAUAGCUUACUUCCAAACUGCACUACGCUUCUUCAACAACUUCCAUUCUCACCCACGCGACCUCUUCAAUAUCCAAGCAGUGUUACUCUUGGCGAUUUGGAUGCUCGAUUCGUCCCAUGGAAGUCACAAUAAUGAUUUGUGGCAGUUCAGUCGAUACAUCAUGUCUGCUGCUAUCGAAGCCGGGCUGCAUCGGCAUAAUACCGACUGGGGCUUUACAGCUGAUGAGCUAGAGACGAGGAAUAGAACUUGGUGGUGUGCUUACAAUUUGGAAAGGCAAGUUGCUACCUUGACAGGUCGAGUCCUCUCGAUUCGCGACCAUGCCGUCCACGCCAUGCUACCAAGCCCAGCUUCUUUUGACAGCCUCACCCCACUCGAAAGUUCAAUCGCACCCACUUUCCACAAACACAACGUCGAAAUAAUUCGCCAGAUGAUAUCGCUCCGAAGAAUUGGCGGUCGCAUACUCGAAUCGAUAUAUAUCGCGAGAGGGCCGAACGGCACCGCCAUGGACACAAGCUUCCAGCAAAUAUGCGCUAAGUCAGACGACAUCCGGCGAGACCUCGAUCUCUGGGAGCAGCAACUCGAAGCCAUGUCAUUGAAACCGUCUCGAGAAUACUCAGAGAUGAAGAUUGAGUACUGCCUUCUGCAGUUGCUGUUGCAUAGGCCGUCGCCCACCUUUAUGGUUCCGUCGCGUCAGAUGGCUUCGUAUUGUUCCAAGGCUGCGUCCACGGCGAUACAACAUUGGUCUACGCUCCUGGAAGAACAUGGUAUUUCGGCUGUAUGCAAAUGCUUCAGGCAGCUUCAUGAUAUUAUUCUGGUCGGAUUAGCUGCGCUUUACUGUGACUGGCAGGCAAUGGCUCUUCCCCAGUCGGCAAACGGCACACAGAGAACCCAUCGCCAUCUAACCGACACAGCAACUUGUCUUGAUCUCAUCGAUCGAGGCAUAUCCCACAUGAAAGCACAGCACCUGAAAAAAUACAACGACCUAUUCCAAGCUGUGAGAAACAAGGUCUACACCCAGACUUCAACAAUAAUAGAUUCCCAAAACCCCAUUUACGACGAUAGUAUGUACUCUAUGGGCGACGGUGUAGAAGCUUAUAUCAAUCAAGUCACCAUGGAGGUCCUAGGUGCCGUUGCAAGUGGUAUCACCCUCGCUGCCCUCUUCAAAUAUACUUUUGAAGCCCUCGAUCUCAUUCACCUCUACCAAACUCAAGAUGGCGACUUUAAACUACUACAACUUCAGUACUCGCUGGAGAAGUGUCGCCUUUACAAUUGGGGGGUCGAGAUGGGUUUGGCAGACGAAUUGAAGCAGAAUCUUUUAAGCGAGUGGCAUUCCAAAGAGCUGGUUGAGGAAACCUUACGACAGGUUAUUGCUCUGUUCUCUGAUGCGCAGGUCAUUCAGAAGAAGUACGGCUGUGAUGAUGCGAUCUCCUCUACGGCAGCUUGGCUGCCUGCACCCGAGGCCUCGCAUGGAAUCACAAGGGCAUUUGGCCAUUUCAGGAUGCAAUCGUCAAAGUCUGACGAAAGUAUGUCGCGACUGAAGAAGACCAAAUGGGUCAUACGUGACCGAAAGAAAUUCCUUGUCUUGGUUUCGGAACUCCGAAAUCUGAUCGACAGUCUCGAAAAGAUCACCAACGAUCUAGCAGCCAUCGCGCGCCUUGAAGAGUGCCUUCGAAGGCGAGUCAAUGAAAUAAAAAAUGGCGAUACACUCCUUGGGAUCGCUUCGGUGUGGAAAGAAUCCCACCCUCGUGUCGCAUCAGCAGCAUCCACCAAAGCAGACUCCAUCUCCAUGAGUUCUGGAAAAUACGACUUUAUUUCGCAGUGGCAGAACUCAGUUGUUAGCGAGGCUUCUGGGGAUACCCUUCUUGCUGAUGUUGAAGAUCUAUCGAUAACAGAGCUUAAACACUCUGUUAUAUUAUCCAACGAAAAAGUUGAAACACUGGAGAAAUCACUGAAGUCGACCUCGGACUCCAUGACAUCUUUGCAACGAAAGACGAAAAUCCUUAGAGAUCGAAAGGAAGCACAAACGUAUGCUGGAAUUUUCAUGUUCCUCAUAUCUGCAUCAUUCCUCCUUUACUUCUCUCAGGUACAGUCUCUAUAA